UAGUAGAGCAGUAAUCCGUCUCUUAUUCCCUGGCAGGAGCGAGAGGAGACGGACCGCAGCCAUGAAUCUCAGUUUGCCGAUGGAUAAUAAUCUUACCAUGGGCACAAACUUCAGAAACAGUUCUUCCUUGGAGUUCACCUUCAUCUGUUUUCCCGAGGUUCCCAGCUGGAACAUCACUGGUUUCCUCAUCUUCUUUCUUCUGGUGGCUUUAAUCUCCAAUGUGACAUUGCUGGCGGUCAUCUGUGCUGAGCCUAGACUCCACCACCCCAUGUAUUACUUCCUGGCCAUGCUCUCCUUGGCGGAUAUUCUUCACUGCACUUGUGCGACUCCCAGAGUUCUGGUGAUCCUCUGGACAAACGCCAUGACUAUCCAAGCAGCAGCCUGUUUUACCCAGAUAUUCUUCACUACGAUGUGGUCAGCCACAACAUCUUCCAUAUUCCUGGUGAUGGCAUACGACCGUUACGUGGCUAUUUGUCACCCUCUGCAUUACCCUACCAUUGUCACAAACCAACUUGUGGUGAAGGCCACUGUGUUUGUCAUGAUCAGGAACUUGGCUGUAUCGUUGCCCCUACCCUUGCUGGCGGCAAAUCUUGAUUACUGCUCCAGUAGGGAAAUUCUUCACUGUUUCUGUGAGAAUAUGUCAGUCGAAAAACUGUCCUGCAGUGACAAUUCUUCCACCAGCAUCUACGGCUUAGUGGUCUUCAUCUUGGUUGGAGGUACAGAUUUCCUGCUCAUCGUUAUAUCAUAUUUAAUCAUUCUCAGAACCGUGGUGGCAGCACGUUCCUUCAGUGCUGCCUUCAAAGCUUUUCGCACGUGUGGCUCUCACCUUAUUCUCAUCUUUUUGUUCUACCUCACCAUCGCCACCACAAUAGUGUCUAAUCGGGCAGUCAAGGAGAUCCCUCGGCCUGUACAUGUCCUGCUUUGUCUUAUUCACCAGCUGUUGCCGCCAACUCUGAACCCACUUGUAUAUGGUGUUAUGACCAUGGAGAUCAGGCAUGCUAUCAAGAGGAUGUUGGGAAAGAUUCAGAUUUAUCCGUGAGUUGGAGUCUGCAGCUGAGUCACCGC